AUGCAGUCACAUGGCCAAAAGAAGCACGGAUGGAGGAACCCGCAGACGAGGGGCGGCGAUGCACGAUUCUUCAAGUCCCGCGCCGCCAGUGGCUGGUUCGAGGUGGGGCGGGCCAGCGAGCCCACGACUGCAGCGGAUGACCCUAUCCAGCGGAUAAUGCAGGCACAUCAAGCCCAGGCUAAGCGGUUCAAAAUGAAGGAAGAAGAGGCAAUACGGGUCACCAGCGACAAGCUCGAGCCCAAUGCGUGGCUAGCCUGGGUCGGCUGGGCGAAGCACCUGGCCGGGUUAGACCCGCCGACGCUGCGCGAGACGACGCGUCCAGCCCAAGACGACGAACCCGUGCUGCAGUAG